UAAUCAUCCCUAACCGGUCUCUUCUGGCACAUGCAAUAGAUAAAUGAGAUUUUUAGAUGAGAAAGAACAAAAACAUUUACGAACACUCCAAAACAGCUGUGAGGGGUAAAAUCGCCAUUUUGAAUUUAAAAGCAAAUUUUUAAUCUUCUUUGUCGUCUUCGAAAAUACUCAAAGAGCAUCUCAGAAACCCAAUCUCUCUCAUCUUCUCCAAUUCGAUACUUUUAUUUUUUUUUCAUCUCUCCUCUCAAACCCAAUCAAACAAGUUUCGAUCUGCUUAAUCAAAGUCUACAUGAAGCGCUCUGCUACCGAUGAUGCUCAGAACGAGAAAGACAAGAAGAUGAAGAGUAGUAUAACAACAGAGGAAGAAGGCCAAGUCUCAGAAAUCGGAUUCUCGAAUUUAGACGAGAAUCUAGUGUACGAGGUGUUGAAGCACGUAGACGCAAGGACCUUGGCUUUGUCUUCUUGCGUGAGUAAGAUCUGGCACAAGACGGCACAGGACGAGCGGCUUUGGGAGCUGAUCUGUACGCGUCACUGGGCUAACAUCGGCUGCGGCCAGAACCAGCUGAGGUUCGUGGUCUUGGCUCUCGGUGGUUUCAGAAGACUCCACUCCCGUUACCUAUGGCCACUCUCUAGUCCUAGUCCCCGUGCUAGAGUCGGUAAGGAUGAGCUCAAACUCUCCCUUUCUCUUCUCUCCAUUCAAUACUACGAGAAGAUGAGUUUUACUAAGAGAUGAAAUCUCUCCCAAACUCUAAUUAAUCCAGCGUAUGAGUUCUUAGGGUUUGGUUUCAUCACUUGUGUUUUUUGAAGUUUGGUUAGAAAUUGAUAAGUGUGAUGUGAUGUGAUGCUCAAAGCUGGCAAGAAUAUUGUUGUAUCCAUUAUUAGCCAGACUGUCAGCAAUAGUUGUGUUCUGUAAUAAUUGAGAGGAUGAUGUUGAUGAGUUUAAUACUUUAAUCGGAUCUGUUUAAGUAGACUAAUAGUAUCAUAUAUGAUUCGAUUUUGUUCAA